AUGACGCUUCACACAAUUCCCUAUAAAAAGAGAGAUGUUGAUAAAUCCGCGUCCCUACCCCCGGGAUCAUUGGGAUGGCCUAUCGUAGGAGAGACAUUCAAGCUUGCAGCACAAAAGGUAAACUUUUUCCGGGAGAAAAGGAGAAUGUAUGGUAGAAUAUUCAAAACUCACCUUUUUGGAAGUCCAGUCAUUCGUGUUACUGGUAAUAAAAACGUCAGAGAGAUACUGCAAGGCGAGAACAAAAACGUGAAAUCUAGCUAUCCGACGUCCAUUCGGACACUCCUUGGACCGAAUGCAUUGAGUAUGUCUGAAGGCGUUCUUCACAAGAGCCGCAAGGUUCAGCUAAUGCAGUACUUGUCCCCGGAGUUUCUCAGACAACACAGGACGAGAUUUGUCAAUCUUAUAGACGAUCAUAUGUUGCGAUGGUGUUCGGAACCCUCUGUCGACAUUUACUUAGGAAUCAGAGCACUGUUCACAGAAAUGGCGGCAAAAUUUCUCGUUGAUAUUGACAUACCAAUGGAAACGAACCACAGAAUCAAAGAAUUGUACCAACAGUUCACUGACAACAUGUUCUCUAUACCAAUCAACUUACCAGGGUUCGGCUUAUAUAAGGGGUUGCAGGCUAAAAGAGAGCUUAAGAAAAUAUUUGCGGCCAUUGUGAAUAAAAAUGGACGAAGCGUUGGUGAAUUUCCCUCCGUACUACAAGCUUAUGGUGCCGACUUGGCCGAACAUGCAGACCCCGAUGUUGAUAAGUUACUUGACGCCAUUAUAGAAUUGAUGUGGAAUGCCAGUGAAACAGUCAGUAGUGGCGCGUUCGCCAUCGUCUAUCACCUCACACAGAAUCCCUCGGUGUUUCAGAAAGUUCGAGAUGAUAUUGAAAGUCAAGACAAGUGUAAUCAUUCAGGACCAAGUUACUUGGACUAUGUAGUGAAGGAAGCUCUGAGAACUACGCCACCUGUCGGCGGAGCGUACCGGAAAGUGAUCAAGCCCAUAGUCAUGGAGGGAUACACUUUUCCUAAAGACUGGACAGUGAUCUGUGGCUUCCGAGACACGCACGAGAAUGACGUCACACAAGUCGAUCCAGGAGAGUUCAACCCCGAUAGGUGGAUUAGACCGUUUGAUGGAGACGAGAGAGCGUCGUUCUUAACAUUUGGCGGUGGUCUACGGAUCUGCCCAGGAAAGAACUAUGCCACUGUAGUACUUAAACAUUUUACACGGCGACUAUGUGAUAGAUUUGUCUGGAAGUUUCUCACAAAAGACCCGGAACUAGUUCUUUUUCCAGCUCCUAAACCGAAACACACAUUACAAGCAUGCUUUUUCGACAGGUUAAGUAAAUCAUGUUAG